CACACUCCUCCUCUUCCUUCUUCAAAUUUCAGUUUGGCACCUUUAAAUUAUUUAGUUUUUGUGUUUAACGUUAAUUCGUAAGUUUGUUUUGUAUUACUUUUCAUUGUACUUUGUGAUUUUAUGUUAGUAACUUAAUUACUUUUAAUUAUCCUUUGUGAUUUUAUGUUAGUAACUUAAUUACUUUUCAUUGUUAUGUCCCUCUUGUAUUACUUUUCAUUAUCUUUUGUGAUUUUAUGUUAGUAACUUAAUUACAGUUUUAUUGCAGAUGUCAUUCCAGAGGUUCACGCUUGGGUUGCUGUGGAAUGGUUACACGGAAGAGACCGAAAAGGGUGUAAGUUACGUCGGUGGCAAUUUUUAUAAAAUGAAGGUCCGUAUGAGACCGAUGCUUGAAGAGCUCCAUCAAAUGUGCACUCAGAUUACCUGCAUGGAUGGCACUAGAAGAGUUGAUCAAAUGGUGUAUCGAUAUCCAAACAGACAUGACGGGUUGCUGUGGAAUGAGGAAUUCCUCCUUACCACUCAGGAGGACGUUGAUGCCAUGGUCCAAUUUUUGACCACCAAUAAAAUUAAGCAAGCGGAGAUGUUCGUUUACACAGAGGUCGUCGAAGGCAGUGUAGGCCAUUCUGGAGAUGGCCAAACAUCUGGUAUCCACGGUGGGAGUGUAUUAUACGAAGAUCAUCCCCACCAGGAUUUUCAAGACUCGAGCUGGAGGCAGGAGUAUCAUCAUGGAACUGGAGGUCAUCAUCAAUCCUUCCCUUCAUAUAAAGAAGAAGCUCAACAGGCGGAUCACAACCAACAAGCAUGCUACCAGUACCCACCCGAGUACAACUUCUAUCAAAGCGGUGUUAGUUACCACAACUACCAUUACGGAGCCGGUGAAGGUGAAGGUGGCUUUCAUGAUGAUAAUCAGAUGGAAGUAGAGGUCAAUCCAAGUCCAGUUAGUGACCCUGAGGUUGAAGAAGAGGAAGGCGAAGUUAGUGCAAACAGCUUCGAUCCACUGGAAGGUGCUGAUGAUUCCGGUCCAGAUUCAGACGUAGACGGUGAUGAGGUACCUCGCGACCGUGUACCUAUUCCAUACUAUAAUCACAUUCAAAAUGAAGAUUGGUAUGUUGAUGGCAACAUGGACUCGCCAGAGGUGCCAGUAUGGGGUCCACUCACUGGCUUUACGAAGGGCCAACAAUUUGCAACGAAGAAUGAGGUCCGACACGCGAUUGCCACUGAAGCAAUGACUCGUAGUUUUGAAUAGAAAACUACACAUUCUGACACAAAGAGGCUGAUGGUUCGAUGCAAAAAUGAAAAUGAGGGAUGCAAAGCUAGGGUCCGGGCCAUCAAGAGCAAGAGAGUCGGCCAUUGGGUCAUUUCCUGUGCCGUGAACACACACACAUGUGUGUCAUCAAUAACAUCCCAAGGCCAUCGACAAUUGAAAUCAAGGGUGGUUGUCGCGGCUAUCAAACAUCUAAUUGAGGAGGAGCCCGACCUGAAGGUGAUAACCAUCAUCGCCCACAUUUCUAGUCGUUAUGGUUAUAUCAUUAACUACAAGAAAGUGUGGCAUGGGAAACAAAAAGCAAUGGCUGCCGUGUUUGGUGACUGGGAAGAAUCAUAUGCAUUCCUUCCCAAAUUGAUUUUGGCGUUGGAGGUGUCUAACCCUGGCACCAUUUUCUCACCUCGCUACCAAGAUGAAGAAUUUCAACCGCCGGUGCCUGGUAACAAGCGCCAAUUCAAGCGUCUUUUCUAGGCAUUCAAGCCAUGUAGUGAUAGUUUUCCAUACUGUGUUCCUAUGAUUCAAGUUGAUGGAACAUUCCUUACCGGUAAGUACAAGGGUACUCUACUGAUUGCCAGCGGAGCAGAUGCGAAUAGAGUAGUAUAUCCAUUAGCCUUUGCCAUUGUGGAGGGAGAGAAUACCGAUAGCUAUGGAUGGUUCUUCAGACAAAUUCAGCUCCAUGUCACCAGGCGGACGAACCUGACUAUCAUCUCAGAUCGCCAUGCCGGUAUGCGGGCUGCUAUCUUAGGCUUGGAUCCAGCCUGGAACUGGUCACAGAGAUGGUGCAUACGACAUUUCAAGAGCAAAUGGAACCAUCAUUUCAAGCGAAAGAAGCUUGUUGAUAGUCUAUGGUGGAUCGGUAAGCGUUCUAAUUAAUUGUUAUAUAUGGUGGCAGAUUAGUGGAACUCGGGUGCACCAUUGACCGGGAUGUAACGGAAACUUGUGGACGUGAUGCGCAACAAUGCGUUCUAUAUACGGAUCGAACUUAAGCUACGAAGGUGCAUAGAAAAUAGACCAUUAAUCAACAU